AUGAGUCAACCGGCAAUAGCACGUCAGUCACCAAAGACCCGACUUCGAAGAUCAUCAUCCAUUUUAAAUGAAUUCCCCUCCAUGAGUCCGCCAUCGCCUCGUGGCAGUCCAUUGUUACAAAGAAAGUUGACAAUGAGUGGAGGUAUUAGGAUACCAUCACCUUUAUCACAUUCACAACAAGAAAUGAUCAUGCUCAAAGAGAACAAUAGUAUUGCCAAUGUCAACAUUCACAACAACCCUCCACAACAACCAACUAAAUGGGUAUCGGUCAAACCCAAAGGUUUGGGAAUGAAGGGUAAUAAACAAAUCAUUUUUAUUCAUCAUCAUCAAAAGAUCAAACAACAACAACAACAGAUAAAUAAUAAUAAUCAACAACAUACAAUACUACCAAUACAACCAGUUUUAGAUAAUUCAUUUGGACCUGCUUCAACUGCACCCGUUCCAAUUCAUCCAUUUUCAGUACAACAACAAAACUCAACAACAUCAUCCACUUCAACUGCAGACUCUAUGGCAAUAUCUGAUGAUGACCAUCUUCAUCUACAUCAACAUCUACAUCAACAUCAACAUCAUAAAGGGUCAGUUGCCAUCCCUCUACCAACACAUAAAAUAUUAUUCCCCUCUCAAAACUUUUAUUCGAAUCGACUUCAUCAUCAAGCAGCAGAGUCUGGUGCAGGAGCAUCGAGAAAUAUGAUCAACUAUAAUAACCAAAACUCACUCGACUCUGCAUCCAGUCUUGCAACCAUACUCUCUUCCAACAAUUCACUAGACAGCGGUGGCCCGUUAAACACUAGUAGUGGAUUUUACCCUACCUCCAUGUUGAGUAUUGGAACGAGUCCAAGUAUGCUCAAGACCUCCUCUUCAAACGUCCCUAUCACCAGCUCGAAUAGUACUAGUAGCGGCUCACUCCCACCUCUCUCGGCCGCCUCGAUAGCCUCUCCCAAAGCAACCAACAGCAACAACUGGCGUCCAGACGGUCAAAACACUGCUUUCAAAUCUGUCCAACACCAAAACUACCAGUCUGCCUUGUCCCAGUCACUUGCUCAAACUCAGUCUAUCCCAAGACCACAACAACAACAACAUCAACAACAACAUCAACCAAUUUCCCAAUCAUUGUCAAGAUCCCAACAACUACUGAUGCGUACCAAGUCGGUGACAGGUGGUAACAACGCACUACUUGCCGGAUCACUCCGUUCAAAGAGCCCUAAAAACAUAGUACUUGAAAAGAGAAAUGAAGAGGCAUUUGCAGUUGUUUUAUACAACUAUGAAGCUGAUGACAAGGAGGAGUUGGAGCUUACCAAAGAUACAUUCAUCAUUGUCACUGACCAAUGUACCGACGGAUGGUGGAGAGGACGUACACUCGAUUCUGCCAAAACCGGUAUCUUUCCAAAAAAUUAUGUAAAGAUUCUUCCCAACCCACCAAACCUUGUCACUUCAUCUGAUGGAGGCACAGCAGACGAGUCAACUCAAAACAGUCUUGCAAAGAGUAUUGCUAGAUCAUUCCCAAACUCUCCCCCACCAGCAUGUUUGUCAUCUUCGUUGACCUCUUCCUCAUCGUCGCCAUUCCAAAAUGUGUUUAUUACAGAUGACCCAAAUAUAUUUUUUGCCAAGGAUUUCUCAGUCAAAGAUUCAUCAUUCAAGGGUAAGAAAUCGAAAAACACAUCGAUCAAGUCACACAAGAGACAUGUCACACUGCUCAAGGUGUUUGUACCGCCAUUCAAUGAACACACUAUCCUUCAAUUUGGACCAUCUGACACUGUCAGAGAGAUAUUGGAUAAAAUAGGUAGAAAGAAAAAGAUGAUGAUCAUGGACCUCAAGUGUCAGAUCAAACCUUGGAAUGCCAUCGAGUCGUCUCCCCCUCUCUCCCUCGCCACACCCAUUUCCAUGCUUGCCGAGCCUGAUAAAGGUGUCCGUCUCUUUAUCCAAGGUCUCGAUUAUUACCCAACACCAUCGAUUCCCAACUCUGCAGGCAACCAAAACAACCUAACCAAUCUUUUCAAUCAACCAACUCUCCACCUUCAAAAUUAUUUCACUGUUAGUAUUUGUGGAGAGAAUCGUCAUUGGGUUGUACUUGAUAAUAAUUCAAUUCAAAUAUUUAAAUCUUAUACUGAAUUACAACCAAUUAGAAUUAUAGGAUAUAAAUAUUCAACUAUAAAAUUAUUAUCAAAUUCAAAGAGACCUACUUUUCAAUUGAAAACACCAUUCCAAACAUUUAAAUUUGCAUCGGAUAGUCUGACAAUUGUAGGUCAAUGGAUUCAAGCUAUUGAAAGUAGCAAAGACUAUAAAGAGAAUAAUCCAUUCUUGAAAAAGAAACAACUUGGCAAAUUGACCAAAUCAAUGUCUGUAGAGGAUUAUUUGGAUUUGGAAGGUGUACCAGUUGACCGUCGUCAACAUAUACUGCAGUUGAGAAACAGACUAGGAAAUAGAUAUUGUGUAGAUUGUAAUAGCGAAGACCCUGAAUGGGGAUCAAUUUCACUAGGUUGUUUUCUCUGUGACGAUUGUUGCAACAUUCAUCAAAAGAUUGGCUCCAACCAAAUGUCUGAGGUAUACAGUGUCAUCCUUGACACUUGUUGGGAACAAUCUCAUGUUCAACUUUUUGAAUCUAUCGGUAAUUCAAUCUCUAAUCAAUAUUGGGAAUCAAGAUUAAAAGAAAAAAUAAUUUAUCCAAAAAGUUUAUUACAAGAAAAAGAGGAAUAUAUUAUAUCAAAAUAUAAGAGAAGAGAAUAUAUUCCAAAUGAUGAAUCAAUCAAACCACCAAUCUCAACUAUUAAGAGAGAGAUGAGUAGCAGUACGACGACUAGUAAUAGUAGUAGAGGAAAAGAGAAUGAUGGUGAUGAAGUAGAGAUUGAAACAUUUGAUACAUUAACAUUCCUCAAUGACAAUUUAAUCAAUGAAUCAUCGUUAUCACAAUGCAAUAAACUAAAACUACAAUUAUCAAAGGAAAGAGAUUCAAUUUUAAAUAUUUUGAAUACAUUAUCAAAUGAUGAAUCUGUAAAUUCAUUUAAACAAGAAUGUAAUGAUACACUUGUACAAUUGGAAUCUAUGGAAGCCAAGAGAGAAGAUUUAUUAUUGCAAUUAAAGAAACAUACAAAUACAUCAUCUAGAAUCACAACCUUGUGUAAAUUCACUCAAUUGAUUAAUCAAGUAACUCGUCUCAAAAAAUAUAUUCAAUUAUUACUAUUGAUUAAUAUAUUCUAUACAAAGAUUAAAUUAUUUAUUGAAAAGAAUCAAUUGAAUCGAUCACUUUAUCCAUUUAUCAAUCUUGUUGAAAUACAACAUAAUUUACAUUGUUUGAAAUCACCAGAUAUUAAUAGUUCAACUAGUGAUAGUGAUCAUGAACAACCAUGUUAUCAUCUCACAAAAUUAAUUGAUCAUAUGAUUGGUGAUCUUUCAACUCUAUUGGAAGUUAAAAUGAAAGAAGAAUUAAAGAAAUCAUUAAAAGAUAUAAAUUGGAUAUCAAUUAUGAAUUCAAAUAAUCAAAAUCAACCACUUUUAAAUGCUCUAAAUAAUUCAUCAUCAUUAUACAAUAAUGAAGAUCAAUCAACCAUGUCAAAUAACAAUAAUAAUAAUAAUCCAUUAUCCACAUCCUCAUCGUCACCAAUUAAUACAUCACAAGGUAUCAGUUCACCUGGCAAGGAACAAGAUGAUAAGAUUUUAGCAAACCUUAGACGAUUCCAAAACAAUUUUGCAAACCUUAUCAUUUUACAAUUAAAUGUUCAAAAAUAUCCAUCUACUUUACCAACAACUGCUACCUCUACCACCACCACAACAACAACCAACAAAUCAAAUAAUAAUAAUAACAACAACAAACAACAAUCUACCCCUUCUACAUCUUCAUCAUCAUCAACUUUAUCACCAUGGAUAUUUCAAUUACCAUCUAGUUUAUGGGCAAUUGAUAUAUUAUUAGAACCAAUUUUAAAAGGAUUUAAAUAUCACUUUCAAAGUAAAAGAGUUACCAAUCUUGUUACCAAACCAGAAUGGCCUAUUCACCAUAUUAAAAAGGUUCUCAAGGAUCAUACACCCUUUCUUCAUAGUCUACAGACCUAUCUAAAUCAACAAUCAAUCACCUAUAUCGAUGUUCAAAGAUGGUUUAUUGCGUCGUUGGUAGGUCGUCUAAAUGAAAAGUUCAAGGGUGAUCUUUUAGGUCAGCUCGCCAAACACGAUCAAAACUCUAGAAAGACAUUCCAUCACAUCAUUGAUGAAAUAUUCUCAUUCCAAAAGUAUCUCUCAGAGGUCUAUCUAUAUCCAUCUCCACCAGGUCUAUCUUUGGUUCAUUUGGGUGACUCUGAUUCAGACUCUGAACAACAACAACAACAAGAUGGAGUAGUUGGAAAAAAACAAGACUCUGAUGAUACCAUUGUUCCAGUCGAUGUAUUGGAAGAUCCAAAGAUAUUUGAUGGAUGGUUGUCUCUUGAAAUAUUAAUUUGUCGAAAUUGUUUCCAAGAUUUGGUACGAUCACCUGAACGUUGGCAUCAAUACUACAAGGACGAAUUUGCAGACAUUGAUAUUUUGAAACCAUCUCAGUCGGCCUACGAGUUGAUAUCUCUCUUGCGUGCAUUGACCGAUCGAUAUGCACGACUCAGCGACCGAUCACUUUGCUUUGAAUUCUUUGGCAAGAUUCAGCUCGACCUCCUCUGCAAAUACCGUGACGAGCUUGAAACCAUGGUACCUCGUGGCCCAGACAUUUACAGCAGUUGGAGAUCACUCACUAGCGAUGGUAUGACUGAAUACGAUGAAAUACAACUCCGAGAGAUUUGCUUUGUAUUCAACUCUAUCAACUAUGUCGUUUGCAUACUCAGAGAAUGGGAUGAUCAACUAUUGUUUAUUGAAAUCUAUCAAUACAUGCAACGUAAACGUAGAUCGACCAACAAAAAUCUCUACCUUGGCGCCGAUAGCGAUGACAGUGAUGAUGAUCCAAGUAAAAACGAUCAAACCUAUUCCUCCUUUUCAACCAUCAUCAUGACCUACAAAAAACUUUCCAAAAAAAUGAUUUCAAGAAUGGUUGAUAUUGUAUUUAUUAAUUUCUCUUCAAGAAUUUCAAAUUAUCUUAAAAGAUCAUCAAACAAAUCAAAUAUAUUUUUAAGUAAUGCUGCCAAGAAUUCUAGCUCCAAACCAUCAACUCCAAAAGCAACUUCAACCAAUUCUUCUUCCAACAAACCAGGUGGACAAGAAGGUGAACAAAAUGAGGAAAACUCUUCGAUUACAACGGCAUUUGAAAGAAAUGUAGAAAAGGAAUCAUCACAUCUUGAUAUUUCACAUGAAAUUGUAGAUGCCCUUUCAACUCUUCGUUUCCAACUUGGUGUCAUUUCUCGUUGUCUUUGUUCAAACAAAUUGCCAUCACUUUGGAGAAAAUUGUCAUUGAAAAUUGAUAAUCAUAUAUUUAAAUUAUUAAUUGAAAGUUCCUUUAAGUUUACUUUUAAAGAUGGAAUUCAAUUUACAAAGGAUAUGAGUACAUUAUUUUUAAUAUUUUCAAUGUUUACAAAAGAACCUGAAAAUUAUUUUAAAAAGGUACAUGAAAGUUGUAUUGUUUUGAAAAUGACCAAUUCACAAUUAAAUAGUUUUAGUGAAAAAUUAAACAAGAAAAUAUUGUCUGGCACUGAAGAGGAAUUACUAAAAGAAAACAAAAUAUUCAAUAUUGAGUCUGGCGAUUAUAAGAAUAAUAAUAAGAGUAAUAAUAAUAAUUAUCCAAUCUCACAAUACAACACUGUAGUAUCUAUCUGUGUUACUAAUAAUAAUAAUAAUAAUAAGAUGAGGUGGAUAGUUACAGAGAUUACUUAUUAUUCGAAAUUUAAGGCAAUCCAUUCAUGGUAUUCCUUUUUAUUAAUACUUGCCGUUCAAUUGACUGGAUUUGGAUUAUUGGGGUUUGGAUUAUUUCAAUUCUAUCAAUACGAUGCAUCUAAAGAUUGGAGUAUGCCAAUCAUUUGGUUUGGUGCAUCGUUGGCAUCACUUACAUGUAUAUUUUCAGCCUUUUCAAACAUUAUCAAUAGUACAUUUCCCAUCAAACUUUCGAUUGUCUUUGUCAGUGUUGCAUUCUUUGUGCUGGAUGCAACCAUUGGUAUCAUGAUCUACAUGAAGAAUCAAACUAGUCAUCGAUUAUCAUAUUGUCAAUCAUUGUCCUCUAUACAAGAUUCCACCUGUGUCUCAUUGUUUGACCAGAAAUUCUGUGGAAAGUUUAUAGAGGACGAAUGUUCCAGAGCUCAAUUUGGAUUUUCAUAUAUUAUAAGUGGUCAAGUUUUAAUGGUAUUUUCAACUUUGGUUUUUAUAAUCUUUUCAAUUUUUAAUCUUAUAUCGAUUGAUACUAAAAAACGUUAUUCUUUAAUUCCCGAAAUUAAUUAA